UUUUUUUUUCUCGUGUGAAUGGGCUCAAAUCAGCCCGGACCGAAAAAUUGAAAACGGGAGCGGGGUCUAUAAAUCGAAGUUUUUAUUACCAUGUGACAAAAUCCAUGUCCGCGGCGGAUUCUCGGCUUUAGCUCGGCAUGGCUAGCAACACCGCCACCGCCCAACCCCCGCCGUACCGCCCCUACAGACAUCUAAAAACCCUAACAGGCCACACCCGCGCCGUUUCCUGCGUGAAAUUCUCCAACGACGGCACCCUCCUUGCCUCCGCCUCCCUGGACAAAACCAUCCUCAUCUACUCCUCCCAAACCCUAGCCCUCCUCUCCGUCUUCUCCGGCCACUCCGCCGGCGUCUCCGACCUCGCCUGGUCCUCUGACUCCCACUACCUCACCUCCGCCUCCGACGACCGCACCCUUCGCAUAUGGGACGCGCGCUCCAAGGACUGCGUCAAGACCCUCAAGGGCCACACCGACUUCGUCUUCUGCGUCAACUUCAACCCCCAGUCCGACCUCAUCGUCUCCGGCUCCUUCGACGAGACCGUUAGGGUUUGGGACGUCAAGACGGGGCGCUGCUUGCACGCGAUAAGGGCCCACUCGAUGCCCGUGACGUCGGUGCAUUUUAAUCGGGACGGGUCGCUGAUUGUGUCGGGGAGUCAUGAUGGGUCGUGUAAGAUUUGGGCCGCGGCCACGGGGACGUGGUUGAAGAACCUUUUUGAUGAGGCUACGGCUGUGUCGUUUGCCAAGUUCUCGCCUAAUGGAAAGUUUAUUCUUGUUGCAACGCUCGAUAAUAGUCUCAAGCUUUGGAACUACUCAACUGGGAAGUUCUUGAAAAUUUACACGGGUCACACGAAUCAAGUAUAUUGCAUAACAUCCACAUUUUCAGUGACGAAUGGAAAAUACAUUGUCAGCGGAUCUGAGGAUAACUGUGUUUACUUGUGGGAUCUUCAAGGGAAGAACUUGGUUCAAAAAAUUGAAGGCCAUACUGAUGCUGUUAUCUCGGUUACAUGCCACCCCACUGAGAACAAAAUUGCUUCUGCUGGCCUUGAUGGCGAUAGAACAGUAAGGAUUUGGGUUCAGGAUACGUGAAUUCAGAAGCAACUGUGCACGGGCUGAACAUAAUACAUGAAUGCUAGAGAAUAUGCAAUUGGAUGGAGCUGCAAAGACCAAGCAAGUGUGAUACUUCUGUAUCAUGACCAUGAGUUAAAGUCAUUACUAGAUGAAGGCAGGUUCAAUCCUUCAAGAAGACCAGGAGACUUUGCUACAUUAUUUGGGUCUUUUAUGUAAAGCAGUGUGUAAAUUUUAUAAAUAGUUCUGAUUUCUGAUCCUUUUUGUGUAGAGGCUAAAGCCAACAACAUGGCCUUCCUGACUUGGUGGAUGCAAGUUCCACAAGUUUUAACACAAUAUGGGCUUUCUAUGUUCUGUCA